GGCGCUCGGGCGCGAGUGGGCGGCUCCGAGGCCCUGAGGCGGCGGCCGGGAGGGCCGGGAGUCCAGCGCGGCGCCGGGCGAGUGCGCGGCUGGCCCGGGGCGGCUCCGCGCGGCUUCUCUGGGGCGCCGCGCGGUACCUCACCCUCCUGCGCCCCAGAAGCAGACACUCUCCUCAGCGUUUUCUCUCCGUGCAGAGCAGAACACGGGCACCCUUGCCGGCCACGCACUGCUCAUUCUUCCGGGUGGAUGAGGCCGCCUACAGAUCCAGGCUGGACCUUAUUUAUGGGCUGCCCGGGCGGAGUUGACAGUUACAUGGACCAAGUUUAACCUUAACAAAGGUUUGCCAGUGCAGAGCCCUUAUCUUUCUCCUUAUCUAGGAGUCCCAGGUAUAAUUACAGGCUGAACAGGAACAUCUGGGCUUUUCUUAGUGGCUUUAAAAAGCUUCAUGGAAUACAACACCAUUGCUGGAUGCUUGGUAUAUUUAAGAACCCUGGCGGCAUGAGAAGCACUCUACAUAGGCACAGGGUGUUACCUGGAGUGAGAGAACUAAAUGAUCCAGACUCUCCUUAAUUCUACAUGUGCUCUUCUCCAUUUCAAGAUGCCUUUGCACUUCUGAUAAAUGCAAACUGACCAGUCUUGCCCACAAAACAAGGCAAAUCAUUACUGCUUGAAGCCUGGGACCUGCCCUUAAUAAAGGAAAACCCUGACUGUUGUUUGAAAUGCUGAGGAAGUUGCUGCGAAGGAGACUUUUUUCUUAUCGCACUAAAUACUACUUCUUGCUUCUUGUUUUUUCCCUAGUCACCUUCUCUGUUUUAAGAAUUCAUCAAAAGCCCGAAUUCAUAAGUGUUAAACAUUUGGAGCUGGUUGGAGAGAAUCCCAGUAGUAAUAUUAAUUGCACCAAAGUUUUACUGGGUGAUAUAGAUGAAAUCCAAAAGGUAAAGCUUGAGAUUCUAACAGUGGAAUUCAGAAAGCGCUCUCGGUGGACAACAUACGAUUAUAUAAACAUGACAAGUGAUUGUAGUUCUUUCAUCAAGAGGCGCAAAUAUAUCGUAGAACCCCUUAGUAAAGAAGAGGCAGAGUUUCCAAUAGCAUAUUCUAUAGUGGUUCAUCACAAAAUUGAAAUGUUUGACAGGCUCCUGAGGGCCAUCUAUAUGCCUCAGAAUUUCUAUUGCAUUCACGUGGACAAAAAAUCAGAGGAUUCCUUCUUGGCUGCAGUGAUUGGCAUUGCAUCCUGUUUCAGUAACGUCUUUGUGACCAGUCAGCUGGAGAGUGUGGUGUACGCAUCAUGGAGUCGGGUCCAGGCUGACCUCAACUGUAUGCAGGACCUCUAUAGAAUGAGUGCAGACUGGAAGUACUUGAUCAAUCUUUGCGGUAUGGAUUUUCCUAUUAAAACCAACCUGGAAAUUGUCAGGAAGCUCAAGUCAUUAAUGGGCGAAAACAAUCUAGAAACUGAGAAAAUGCCAUCCAAUAAAAAAGAAAGGUGGAAAAAGCAUUAUACAGUUGUGGACGGAAAGCUGACCAACACAGGGACUGACAAAAUGCACCCCCCUCUUGAAACGCCUCUCUUUUCAGGCAGUGCCUAUUUUGUGGUCACUAGGAAGUAUGUAGGGUAUGUGCUCAAGAACGAAAAAAUCCAGAAGUUUAUGGAGUGGGCAAAAGACACAUACAGCCCAGAUGAGUAUCUCUGGGCCACUAUUCAAAGGAUCCCUGAAGUCCCAGGCUCACUGUCCUUGAGCUCUAAGUAUGACAUGUCUGACAUGCAUGCAAUUGCUAGGUUUGUCAAGUGGCAGUACUUUGAAGGUGACAUUUCCAAGGGCGCCCCCUACCCCCCCUGCAGCGGAGUCCACGUGCGCUCUGUGUGCAUUUUUGGAGCAGGUGACUUGAACUGGAUUCUUCGUACACACCACUUGUUUGCCAAUAAGUUUGACACAGAUAUCGACCUCUUUGCCAUCCACUGUUUGGAUGAGCAUCUGAGGCAUAAAGCCCUGGACCUGUUAAAACACUGACCAUUUGCUGUGGGCAGUUUAGAAAUAAUAAGGAUGCCUGAGUCAUACCCCAUCUGAUUCUUCUACCCUGUUAAUAAACACCAGGAAAACUGCAGGGAGCACCCUUUGGGGAAGAGACUCUACAGAGACGCUACAUGGUUUGGCAGAGCACAGUCACUUAGAAAAGUUACAGUGCUAAACGUUUACCUAGAGUUAAUGUGAGGCCAAAGUGGGUGGCAAGGUCUUCUAGGAAGAGGUGGCCCAGGUGGGAGGGCAAGAGGCCGAACACAAAAAGCAGCCUGUGAAACAAGCUCAGGGACUUAUUGAAAUGAUAAGAUUCAACCUGUGCCAAAAUGACUUGGAGAGCUUUAAGUAUAAUGGUUUUCCUGAUUUGGAUACAUCUGUCUCCACAACCAAUCGUGAGGAUAUAAUUUCUCUUGUAGGUUAUAUUUGUUGAAAUAGAAAUUCUGCUUUGCUCUCCAUGAUCCUUGUGUGUAAUUUACGUCCUGCUGUAUGUUGUGCUGGGUAGCGUGUCCAUGUAUGCCAUCUCAGGGAGCUUGCAAAAACAGGGUUGAGUGAACAGGACUAUUUCUAAUUCUUGCUUCUAAUAAUUUACAUGCAUUUUUAAAGAAAACAACAAGAAACAGUUUCUAGUUUAGUUGAUUCUGUGAAUCAUCUUAGGUUAUUAGAAAAGCUAUCAAUUAUUUAAAAAGUUAAAAA